UAAAUCUGUUUGUGUAGCAUACAUAAUUGAAAAAUACAAUCUGAAUAAGAAUUCGGAUAAUUACUGUGAUCUUAAACAAACAGAAAGUAUACUAGCAGACUCAUCCGUGUAGGGUGUGGCGUAGAUUUUAAAAAAAUGCACUUCUCCAUAGCUGCAGAGCUGCCAAGAAGACUCCCAUUUUUCCUCUACGUUUGAUUCUGGAGGAUCCGACGAUUCUUGUCCCUUCAUAAAAACGUCAGUAUAGUCAGCCAAAUUCGAUCGACCUUAUGGAAAAGUGACGUUUCUUGUUUCUGUGAGUCUCGGUUAAUAGCAGCAAAAAUGUAUCAGGCUGUAAGAAGACUGGUUUUCACUGACUCACGUUGCUUUGAUGCGGAGAACAAAAAGAAAUACGAAGAACUCUUUAAGAAGCUGGACACCAAUAAAGAUGGAAAAGUAGAUGUUUCGGAGCUGAAAGAGGGCCUAGAGGCAAUGGGCACGACUCUGGGGAAAGGUGCUGCACAGAAAAUAGUUUCAUCUGGAGACAGAAACAAGGAUGGGGGGCUGGAUUUGAAGGAGUUCUCCAGAUAUCUCGUAGAACAUGAAAAGAAAUUGCGACUGACUUUCAAAAGCUUAGACAAAAACAAAGAUGGAUGUAUUGAUGCCUCUGAGAUCAAGCAGGCUCUUGAAGACCUUGGAAUGGACAUAAGUGCAGAGGAGGCCAAAAAGAUUCUUCAGAGCAUUGAUGCUGAUGGGACCAUGACGGUAGACUGGAAUGAAUGGCGUGAGCACUUUCUCCUCAAUCCUGCCACUAACAUCCAGGAGAUCAUCCGUUACUGGAAGCACUCCUCGGUUUUAGAUAUUGGAGACAGUCUUACAAUCCCUGAUGAAUUUACAGAGGAGGAGAAGACAACAGGCAUGUGGUGGAAACAGCUUUCAGCAGGAGCAAUGGCUGGAGCUGUCUCUCGGACUGGCACUGCCCCUCUUGACAGAAUUAAAGUUUUCAUGCAGGUGCAUUCAUCUAAGACCAACAAAAUAGGCCUCGUCAGUGGCUUCAAACAAAUGCUGAAAGAAGGCGGAGUGUUGUCACUAUGGCGAGGAAAUGGAGUCAAUGUUAUCAAGAUUGCACCAGAGACGGCUAUAAAGUUCAUGGCAUAUGAGCAGUAUAAAAAAAUAAUUUCUUCAGAGGGGGGAAAGGUUCGGACCCAUGAGAGGUUUAUGGCAGGAUCCCUUGCUGGAGCUACGGCACAGACCAUCAUCUAUCCCAUGGAGGUGAUGAAGACCAGGCUGACCUUAAGGAAGACUGGUCAGUACUCUGGAAUGUUUGAUUGUGCCAAGAAGAUUCUAAAGCGUGAAGGUGUGAAAGCCUUCUACAAAGGCUACGUCCCUAACAUUCUGGGAAUCAUCCCUUAUGCAGGGAUUGACCUGGCCAUUUAUGAGAGUUUGAAGAACGCCUGGUUAUCGCACUAUGCUACGGACUCUCCGAACCCCGGUAUACUUGUUCUGCUUGGUUGUGGGACCAUUUCUAGCACCUGUGGACAAAUAGCUAGUUACCCUCUUGCUCUCAUUAGAACUCGGAUGCAAGCACAAGCUUCCUUGGAAGGAUCAGAACAGCUGUCCAUGGUCAGCUUAACUAAGAAAAUUGUUACCAAGGAAGGGUUUUUUGGACUCUACAGGGGGAUUCUCCCAAACUUUAUGAAGGUUAUUCCUGCUGUGAGCAUUAGUUAUGUUGUCUAUGAAUACAUGAAGACAGGUUUAGGAAUUUCCAAGUAAGAACUAUAGCCAGUUCCUACAGUUGUAAGAAAUGCCAAACUGUAUUUCCCUAAGAAAGCUUUAAGUUGGGAAAAUCAAUGUUCAGUCUGUUUGAAUCUUUGACCCAAACAGAAUAAGGUAUAUAAUGUUUCAAAGAUGUACGCCAUUUCUAUAUAUUUUUUGUUAUAAAAUAUGUACAUGCCCCUUUUACAUGUUUUUAUUUUGUCUCCAUCUCCAGUAGAUGGUCUGUAAACUAGCAACUCUUACAGCAUUACAGAUCUAAAAUGAGAAAUGUUUAUAUAGUAUUGGAGAAUAUAGCUUUCAUUUUUUUAUAUCAAUAUCGAAUAGAAUGUGCCUUAUGAACCUUUCCAGGUUUUUAUGGACUUCUUGAAUGUCUCCUUAUCUUUGUGAAUAAGAAUAUUGCCUUCACUCGUGUUAAGUUGGUGCUUUUCUUUUUACAUUACAGUGUAAUUUUAAUGUGGCAAAAUUGUAAUUCAGGUAUUCCACAGUUUUUCUCUGCAUCCCUAGUUUUGACAUAUUUCUUUAUUGAGGUGCUUCGAUUUCUGAUUUACUAUUAGCCUGUUUUAGUACUGUGCCAUCAAUUGCCCCCAUUACCUAAAAGCAGAAUAUGCUUUUAGUAAUUACAUUCUCAAAAGUAUCAAUACAAUCCCAAGAUCAGUAGAACACUUGUCAGAGAUUUAUUUGGAGAAACCUUCCAAAUCACCUGUUGCAAACAUUUUGCUAGUUAUUUCAUAUCCAAAUCAUGUUGGAUAUUGCAAAGUCAUAUUAUAUGCCAAUAUAAGCAAUGAACCUAUAUCCAACUCCCCUUUACGGACUGUUUUGGUUAGUAUAUAUUGAAAACACUGAAUACCUUAACUGUGUCAAGUCACCAAAAAGCAUGGUUUAUAAAGUAAUAAGCUGAUGGGAGUAUAGGAUUUGCCAGGUAUUCCUUUCAAUACAGAUUUCAAAAUAAAUUUAAUAUCUGUUUAGAAAAUU